AUGGAACCUCGUCGUCCAAGUGUUUCCUUUUUCCGCGAGCACACAGUGGCGCAGCGGAACCCCACCGCAUCUGCGGUUUCGGGGCGUCUCAACGGGCUUCUCGUAGAACCAAAUAAUGCCUCAAAACAACGCAGAAAGCGAUGCAGAUCGUCCCGGCAGGUGCCGAGACGGUUUCUCUGGAUUGCGGUCGCCUUCCUGCUGGUUGGGGAGCUCUUCCCCACAACUUUUCUAUCGUUUGCUCAGAAUACUUUGUUGGCUGCCUGGCCUCUGCCCCUCGAUGAGAGCUCCUCCUCUACACGAUUGGAAGGUCCUUCCCGGGAGGACGGUGGUGUAUCGGUCAGUGAAUCUCAGGGGAAAGACGCUGUGUCGUGGCGGUCUAGCAUCGCAGAGGAGGUAGGGCCUCGAAGUGUAACGAAAAACAGCAGACGAUUGUUGCGGACAGCCCCUACCUUUGCAGCUCCGCCACUGCGAGAGAGGGCCAUCCAGCGGAGCGCGAGCGACCUGACUUGCUCAACAAUUCAGUUGGCUCUCAGGAUGUGGGCUUCCGGCGGUAUUCAAGAAGUGGAAGAGCUGAAAAAGAAGUUCCGCGCUCGUGCAAACCGAUCAACGGGAGAUCGUGCGCCUUCAGGGGCCGCAGCCCACAAACCAGGGAUUGAAGCUGAGCAAGUCUGCAGCCUCCUGAGGGCGUGGCGGUCUCCUGCGUCGCUUCCGGGGGGGGCUUCGCCCCCCAGUGAAACUGAAUUAGCCAACAGCACAGCUUUUCUAGGUUACACUUCCCACGAGAGGUCACAGCCACAGUCGGACGAGACCUCCCGUGGUGAUAGACUUCCAUCUGCGCGUCUAGAGGUUGUCGCGGACACGGUAUGUGCGGCAUCGGAGGUCACUCAGGCAUCCCGGAAUUCUCGACUCCUGCGGGCUUUGGCCCCCGCGUUUACCUCCCAAGGAUCAAAGCUUCGGCAGGCGCUUCCCGCUGCCGUCAGGCGUGAUCGGGAGAGGCAGUGCCCCACCGUUCGGCGAGCAGGGUACGCGCUUCUGGAUGCGCUUAUACCGCCCCCCGCCGGUCUCUGGUCCUUUGCACGCGCAGCUGAGAGAUAUCGCGAGACGCACAACGCGAGCAGCUCCAGUGCAGCUGACGAACCUUCUCCGGAGUCGAGUCUGGCCCGGCCUUCCUCUCAGUCUCCCUCUGCGUCGUCGGCCUCCCGCACAUUUGCAACGCUUUCUUCGUUGAUGUUCCCAGAUGAUGACGUAGGGCGCGUGCCUUUUCGGGAGCCCACCGAACCUCCUCUGUAUGGGCAACGGUUUUCCACAGAGUCUCCGGCUUCUCGUGUAUCUGACGCGCGCGCGAAGGGCAGCGAGACGAUGCAGGCUGCCUCUGACCUUGAGGAGAGAGGGGUUGGACCGGCCUUUUGGAUAUACUCCAGGACGGUGGCCCCGUACCUCGCUCCUCUCUUUUUCGGUCUCAUCUUAAUUUGUUUUAUCCCUUUCAUCGUGUUUUUUUCGUGCGGGGCUUGCUGGACAUCGACCGCUCGUGCCGACGCAGGUUGCAUGUGCUGCAAACGGUAUCGCAUAUCCUGCUUGCGAGUCUGUUGUCUCGUGCGUCGGCCUCCGCUGCGGCCGCCAAAACGUCCUUCAGGUUCAGGGAGCUCCGUGCGGCUGGUGGGCGAUUUGUCAGCUCCCGCUGCAAGGGCUCCGCGUCGCUCUGGGCGCUCGUUUGGGCGGCACCGCGGGGACUCUGCCUUGCGAUCUGCGUCAGUCCGCUCCUCCUCGGGAACAGCCAUAACGACUGCAGCCUCUGCAGCCCACACUUGCGAAUGGACCGUGGGCGGGCCAGCUGCCCCCAGCGCAUGGGUUCCCCGGCCCGCUGCUAGAGUCCUUGGGUUGGUUCUUCUUGCUGGUUUGCUCGUCGGAGUGGGCAUUUGCUUGUUCCUCGCGAUCGUAUUCUCUGGUCAGCUUAUCCAAGCUGUGGAUGACAUCCAGUGCGCCGUGAGCGCAGCCUUAGUUCAGGUUGUGCACGGUGGGGCUCCGGCUGAUGCAGAGCUGGCGAUGGAGCCAGCUAACAACGCCUCCGCGACGCGUCCUGCGCUUCUCUCCUCGCGGUCAACCUCUGUGAAGGCUCGUGCUUCCGUUGCUAAACUCUACUCGCCGUUGACAGUGUCUCCAUGGCUUGGAGGCGGGGCGGCGUGGAUGCCCUUUCGUCCCGAGGGGGGAUUGACGUCCUCGUCGCCGCCUGCGUGGGCGUCCCUUCUCGCCUCUCAGGAUAGCAGCGACUUGUCAUGGAUCUCCCCGACGGAGGCGCUGGCGCCGGCGCGGCUGCGCGAGCUGCUGCCUUGGGACCUUUCGGCUACCGGCACCUUGAGCGACGUUACCGCACUCCUUUCGAGAGGGUUCGACGACCCUGCAUACGUUGAGAUCAUCAUACACCAUGCGCUUAACCUGCUGCGAGGCGGCGAGACGGAGGCGCUGGAAGAGCGCAGAGAGGACGACAGAGCCGAGCAUAAGGAAUGGGAUGCCGAUCGGAAUGGAGGGCAAGAUACGAAGGGCCCUGAAGAGCAGGCCAGGGCAGCAAAGCCGCUGGAGCAGGUCGUCGCGGGCGUGCAGUCAAAGCGCGAGUCCGCGUCGCGCUCCUUUGCUGCCCGCGAAGCAACGCGUGCUUCUUCAGCGACGCCGGUCUCGGAGUCGCCUUUAGAAACCACUAGCAAACGUGGAGACCCAGGAGACGUCGAGCUGGGAGGCGACCCGGGGGCUCGCCCGCGGGGGUCCGCCAGUGAACCGCCUCGUCCGCUUUCCGCACCGCGUCGAAGGCUCAACGCCGGCGGAGGGGAGAGAGACGGCUUCAUCGUGGAAUCGCCUUCAUCGCACACCCCGUGGCUAGACAGUGCGGCUCAAGACGCAGCCCGCUGGGCGCGGCCGGGGCCAGAGUCUUUGUUUUCGAAGGACAUUGAGAUGCACGGAAACGCUGCAGCCGCCGUGGGCUCGCGGCGAGGCGGCGGACUCCCAGGAAGACACAUGGACGACAAAGCACACCGCCGGAGCCUAGGGAUAGUCUCACAGCGUCAGGCUCAGCCAGAAGACGCGAAGGCCAUCGCAGAGGUGUUGCAAUUGCUGGCGGAGCCUGCAGCUGUCGCAGGCGAGUCUUCAGUGGCGGGCACAGUCGCUGCGCCGGCGGUGGAUUUAGCCGCCAGCCGGACGGGCGCCGUAGACUUUCCGCACCGCGCCGCAGACUUCGGUGAACGUCCGGCGGCGGCUCCGGGGCGUUGGAAAGCGUCUGGCGAUCCGCGGCGGCUGUCCGCGGCCUCUCAAGCUCUCGCGAAUCCACCGAUUUCACGCAGCUAUGGAGCGUCGGAGGCGCAAGUUCGCUCUCCAGUGCUCUCCGCAUUUUCUUCCAGUGCACCAGGCAUCGGCGAUGCGGACCCUUGGGCGUCUGCAGAGCCGACGCUACAUGCGGGUGCUGCUCGCUGGCCUUCUCGGGGCUUGCCUGCGGGAGGUGGGCCUCGUCAGGAAAUCGGCAACGAGGCUCCAGAGCCGACCGGCAGCACACCCAGACCCCCUGUUGGGGGUUCCGAGGAAUCGCAGAACAUUCUAAGUGACGCCGCCCCUCUGAGGGGGGCGCGUGCGGCCCCCGAGCCAGCGGGCUUGCCCCGACGCGAGAGACCUGCAGCCCCCCCUGAGGAGCACUCUGCUGCUCCAGUAGCUGCGUCGCGCCCUGGGGGCAGCAGUUUUCCGGGAGAGGCUCAAAGGCUUGCGCAAGUGGCAACGGUGCGGGAGCACGCAGUGCACAUGACAGAUACGGUGCCGAUGGAGAUGCCGGAGGCCGUCCUCUGGGACGUCAGAGGCAACGCGUCCUUCAGACGUCGAAAGGGACCUGCGCACGACGUUGAAGAUGAGUCAAAGGCGCCCCUGCAAACUGAAAAUGCAGUGGCGAGUAGCCAAGAGAGCGACGCGGCCGGGGGAGACUGGCCAGAGGAGACGACACCCGACGCGAUGCCGCAGGGAGGGUUCGCGGGGCUGAAACCUUCUCUCGAGACCUUGAAGCGCAUGGAGGAGCUCGCCGACGCUCAGUCUCCGCGGGGCCUGCGGCAGCCUCUGCUUGACGCUGCCACUUCAGCUCUGAACGUCGAGGGGCGCAUCGAGGCGCUGCAUGAGCACUGGAAAACCAUGCAGGACAUGCUUUCACAUGCGGCGAAUGGCGCCUCAGGGCCCGUUCACGAUGCAUUUCACCGGAGCACGGCGUUUGCCCUGGCGCGGCCCGCCUUCGACCUGCUGGUGCCGAAGGACUCCCUGAGGCGAAACCUACGCCAGCUGCAGGCAAAGAGCCACGAGGCGCUGCUGGCCGUCAGGGAUUUCGAGAAGGGCAUGCGCGGGGUCCGCGAGCGGUAUGCGCUGGACGAAAUCGACGCCGCGGUUGAGGGUAUCUGCGAUGCUGCGAGCGACGGAAUUCUUCUCACAAGCAAGGUCAAGAAACCCACCACAGCUGCCAUGCACGUUUUCGCGGCGCUCGCCGGCGCGUUUCUCGGGGUCGCGAUCAUCUACCUCGCCUUGCUCUGCUUCCGCUGGACGCCGAAAUCCACCGACUUUUCCCCUUGCCCCGCUCUGCUGCUGUGGCCAGUGGCGCUCCUCCUCGCUGUCGCCACGAUUUUCUUUGGGGCGACGCUCCUGGUGGCGUCGGUUGUGCAGGUGGACGGAUGCUUCUUUGUGGCUCGUGAAGUUCAGCAUCGCGGAGUGCUCGAGGCCCUUGUCUCUUCGCUCGGCUCGUGGCGGGGCAACGCCGAGGGCGCACGCGCGGCUGCUGCGGUCGCGAAGGCCUGUUUCGCCGACUCCCCCGAGGAGGAAAUAGAUAGGAAUCUCACGAAAGCUCUUGACCUGGGCGGGUUUUCCGGACUCGUGAGGAACUUUGAGUCGUCGCUGCGAAGUGUCGCUGACAAGGUGGAUUUGCGCUCGAUAGACGCCCUGCUAGCCGGCGUUGCUGUCGCUCAUGCCCUCGUCCACGAUACUGCGUGGGCAUUCUUCCUUGACACUGACGCCUUGGAGGCAGCGGGGCUGUCCUACAGGACAAACACGUACCUGCCGGUGCUCUACAGCGGUCUGCAAGAUAAGGCGCGCACCUUCCGAAGCCUUUUCGACGUCCCUGCGGCGCAGCUGAUUGGCCCCCCGGGCCUGCGGCGCGAGGACUUGUUCACUCUUCCGCCCACGGUCGAGCCCGGCGCAAGCGCCCUCGAGGCGAUCCAGAAGGAGUGGAAGCGGCUCAAGGCGAAACACCAGAGAGUGCGCGACUACACAGUUGGUGCGGAGUCGUGGGAGGAAAGCGGCGACAACCGCGCGGCACACGCCGAGCUCGGGAAGUCCGCCUCCCCUGCCGCCGAAACGGGGGGGCAGCAAACCGCCGGGCGCUUUCUUCUGUAUGGGCUGGUGGACGUCGAGGAGUACAUAUCCCCGUUCUACCUCGAAGCGCUGCAUCGAGGCGAGCCCGGCCGAGAUCCGAAGUACGAAAUCGACGAUUUCUUUUCGGUGGACACCCCUGACGUCCAAGCGGAAAUCGCGCGCCUGAAACCCGACGCAGAGACGCGCAUCCAGUUCGAGAACGCCUUGUGGCUUGCGAGCCUCAAGCAGCGGCUGCGGACAGCGGGGACGCGCGACUCGCAGCUCUCAAAGCUCUUGCGCGGCUGCGCCCGAGACGCGGAGACUCCUCCCCCGACGGCGGCAGAUCGCGCCGAGGCUAUGCGACCGUCGCCGGCAGCGUGCCCCGCACUCGAGGACGUCAACACACUGCCGCAGCCGCUUCCACUGCCCUUUCGGUGCUCGAUCAAGCAGCCUCUACGCGAUGAAGACCUUGAGAGCGUGCGCCGGCAAGAAGCAAAUCGCGCAGCCGACCUGCGAGCGCGACUUGAUGCCGACGAUCAUCGUGUAUGGAGGGAUGAAGAGAAGCAGAAGCCUGAAGGAGGCGGGGCGAUUCUUCUCCCCUACGCGAGGGAGUGGCAGGACUGUGCCUACGACCGGUGGAUAGACCUCCUGGAGGGUCAGGAAGCAAGCGCGAUGAUCUUGCAGGCUCACGCGCUCUACGCUGGCGUUCAUAAUUCGUGGCAAGCUGCAGAAGCGACAGUGCUGGUGCCUGCUGUCGAUGCAAUGGAUCGCGCGCGGCUGAUACUCAACAACGUCGACUGUGCGCCGGUGUUUCGCAGUCUGCAGACGGUGCAGAGGCUGGUGUGCCACGACGGUGCUGAGAGCUUAGUCUUGCUGAGUGUGUGUUACCUGUUCCUCGGGCUUGCGGCUCUCACGCUUUUUGUUGGUCUCUUCUGUGUUUGGCAAGCGCUGGUUUUCAAUCAUCGAGAACGAAAACGCUGCCUAAACGCUCGGACAGCCAGUGCGUUGCCACUGCGCGACCGCCGAAUGCCGUCACGAGGGCAGAGCGCUCUCUGCGAAUCCCCAAGCAACCGGGCGACAAAGUCUACAUCGCUGUACGCGAGACCGCCUCCGGGACGGGAGAGCUUUGAAGAUGUUAGUGGGUCGACUGCGCCGACCACGAGUCAAGAGGGAGCGCAGAACCGCAUUGCAGUCGCGCAUUAUCUUUAUUCGCCAGUGGACAGCUGCAGCGGCGAUCGCGACACCGGAAUGGGGGAAAAAGGGGAACGGCGUCGAGCCGGUUCUGCACGAGAGGCUUCACAACGCAUCCCAAAAUCACAAGCAAACAGUGGCGGAAGGCAAUCCUUGCUGUUACCUGCUACAACUGAACAGCCAGCGACGGUGGACGAGACUAUGUGGGCGGACUUCGGAAGCGAGGACUAA